UGCAUCCCUCCGCUGUUGCCAUACACAAUAGAUAACCACAUCUUCGACCUCGCAUCGUCAAACCCUAAUUGGGACCGCCCAUCUUCCUUCCGAUUUUCCCCCCUUAAUCACUUCCCUUUCUUCAAUUGAGUUGUCAGAGGGUGAGGUUUUAUUGGGAACGUCGUGUCAUCGUUGGCGAUUGGAGAUCCUCAGCGAACUCGGGAUUUACUGGAUUAAAAAUUAGGGUUUUCAGUUCAAGUUUCGAUCGACUUGGGGUUUUGAAUUCGGAGUCCUAUCUAUCAGUUUUGAGCUUGAAGUAACAGCGAUUUGUUGUACCUGGGCUUCGUAUCUGAAAAAAAUUCCGUUAUCUCUUGUUGUUUUCCAUAGAUUUAUCGAUUUAACGACGGAAAAUGGUCGGAGGAGCGAACAGGCGGGACGAGGGAUCUUUUACGGUGGGCAGCACCAAUGUUUUUGCAGCUUUGGAUAGUUUGAGGAAGAAGAAGAAGAGUGACAAAGAGAAGGGGUCUAAAGCUGCGUCAGCGGCUAAAUCUAAAGAGGCUGAGGAGAAGCAGGUGUAUUGGGCUCCCGCGCCAUUGACAACAAAGUCAUGGGCUGAUAUCGAUGACGAGGACGACGAUGAUUACUACGCCACCACUGCGCCACCCCAGGCCUUGUGGAGUGGUUCUCGUUUGGAUAGAGCUGAAGAAGCUCAAGCCGUGGAGGAGAGUGAAAGCGAAGAUGAUCUUCUUGAUGAAGGUGAUGAUGGUGAUGAUGAUGAUGGGGACGAACUUGAUCAUGAAACCGAGCCCCAAGAACAGCCCGAGGCAGAGCUGGAAAAGCUUGCAGAAGUUUCCCCGGCACCUAAAGAAACAGAAAGACAACUCUCCAAGAAGGAGAGAAGGAAAAAAGAGCUCGCUGAUCUGGAAGCAAUGUUAGCUGAUUUCGGACUUAACCCCAAAUCUGAAGGUUCUUCCAAAGACAAGAAAGAGGCACAACCGAAUGGAAAAAACCCAGAGAACGACGACAGUGCCCCCACAGAACCGAAAAGCGCCAAAAAGAAGAAAAAGAAAGACAAGGCUUCGAAAGAAGCAAAGGAGUCACAAGAUCAAACAGGCGGAUCCGAACCUGCAGAGGAAGAUACAGCAGCUGUCGAUGUCAAAGAAAGGCUCAAAAAGCUGGCUUCGACCAAGAAAAAGAAAUCCAACAAAGAAAUGGACAGCUCCGCGAGAGCUGCUGCCGUGGAGGCCGCAACUAGGAGCGCCAAACUAGCUACGGCAAAAAAGAAAGAGAAGAAUCAUUACAACCAGCAGCCGAUCCGGUGAGACAUAACUACCUUGGUAUCUUCUUUGUGUAAUUGUGUUCUUGGUCCACAAUAAAUCCCGAGCUUCUUCUCCGGCUUAUUUUCGACAAGGAUUUUGAUUUUGCUUAUUUUAACAUGGUGGUUGCAUUUUCAACCCUUCUAGACUUUUUGUUGUUAGAUCAGUGGUAACAUAUGAUAUCGGUACUCUCUGCCUUUGUAUCAGUACAUUUUGAACUCUUUUUAGACUUGUUGAGACACUGACACACCAUUGUAUAUACAUACAUAUAUAUGUGUAUGUAUGCUUUGGCCUGAGCUUUUAUUU